AUGGCUCUUCUACCAUUGUUGCAACAAUCAUGGCUGGAGUUACACAAAACUCCUUUUCAUGUCCUCUUAUUUUUUGUCUUAAUCCUUUCUUUUGUUUACAUUUUCAAGCAAUUUAGAAGUGGCGAACCAAAAUAUCCUCCAUCCCUACCAAAGCUGCCAAUUAUUGGUAACGUUCACCAACUAAGCACACUCCCACACCGUUCCCUUCAUGCUCUAUCUAAGAAAUAUGGCCCUAUAAUGUUCUUAGACUUGGGCUGUGCUCCAACAGUUGUGGUGUCAUUUGCAGAUAUGGCCAAAGAAAUCAUUAAGAUAAAUGAUAUUAUUUUCUCAAACCAGCCGGAAACCACGGCUGCCAAUUUCUUAUAUUAUGGAUCCACAGAUGUAACAUUCUCACAAUAUGGCGAGUAUUGGAGACAAGCUAAGAAAAUCUGUGUCCUCAAACUUUUGGGCCUCAAAAGAGUGCAAUCUUUCCAAUACGUACGGGAAAAAGAAGUUGAAGUGUGGAUACGUGACUCGUGCUUAAAAGGGGCUUCUAUCAACCUAAGUGAGAUAAUAAUUGCAACCUUGAAAAAUAUAGUCACUCGAUGUUUAUUUGGACAAAAAUUUGAAGACAGUGGUAAGAGCAAGAUUGGAGAGCUCCCAAGAAGGGUGAUGGUGCUACUUCCAGCAUUCAAUUUGGGAGAUUUUUUCCCUUCUUUGAGAUGGAUUGAUGUUCUUACAGGAUUUAUACCAAGUUUAAAAUCUAGUUUCGGAGAAAUAGAUGCUUUUCUUGAUCAAGUGGUUCAACAACAUAUGAUAAUGAAAGUUGACGAUGGUCUGCCUAAUAAGAAUGAUUUUGUGGAUAGUCUGCUCGAACUUCGAAAGAGUGGCAAGCUUGACUUUGAGCCCACUCAUAAAAAUCUCAAAGCACUCCUACUGGACAUGUUUGUUGGUGGAAUUGAUUCUACUUCAAUAGCUUUGGAAUGGGUAAUGGCAGAGCUCAUAAGAAGUCCUAGUAUAAUGAAGAGAGCACAAGAAGAGAUAAGAAGAGUAGUGGGUACAAAGUCACAUAUAGAAGUUGAAGAUAUUAAUCAGAUGAAUUACUUGAAAUGUAUCCUCGAAGAAAAUAUGAGACUACAUUCACCACUUCCUCUGUUACCUCGAGAAACAUCAGCAUGUGUGAAAUUCAGAGGCUAUGAUAUUCCACCCAAAACAAGAGUGUUGAUCAAUGUAUUCACAAUCCAAAGAGACCCUAAAAUAUGGGAUAGGCCAGAAGAGUUCGUCCCAGAUAGAUUCCAAGACAAACGAGUUGAUUUCAAAGGCUUAGACUACGAAUUAAUCCCAUUUGGAGGUGGGAGAAGGGGGUGCCCAGGAAUGUCAUUUGGUGUUGCUAUAGCAGAAUAUGUUAUUGCCAUCCUUUUAUGCUGGUUUGAUUGGAAGUUGCCUAGUGCAAAUGCACAAGGGAAAGACUUGGACAUGACUGAAGUUAAUGCACUCACUGUGUUUAUGAAAAUUCCACUCAAGCUUGUUGCAAUACCUUACUCUCCUUGAUCAGUUGAUUAAGAGAUUCACAGUUAUGCUAAUAAUGUAAUUUUUCUUCAUUUGCUUGUUUGGUUUUCAAAUAUGCACUUGCUUCUUAUACACUUG